GCUCGUGCGCACGCCGGCUACGUAAUAUCCGGUUCGGUCAACGCUACUGUCACCGUCAAAGCUAGCUAAACGAGCGUUAAUGCUACACAUCGUGAUUUUAAGCCGAAUUGGCUCUAGUUUGACAUUUAAACGGUUCUGUGUGUAGGUUAAAGGUUUGUUUAUGUUCCAGUUGGAUUAAGUGGGGGACUGUUCUUUUAAAGACAGGAGUCACAGCUAAAGUUAUACUCAGGAUGCCAUGCCACAAUCAACAAAUGAACAGUGUCAACACCGGCCAAGAGCACCCCAUGAAGCAGGUCCGCUUUGCUACCAACAGCAACAGCAAUGUGGCUGCAGUGCUAUCCACUCCUGAGCCAAGUGACGCUAACAGCAGCAGGCAGCCUGUAAACCAAGACCCACCGGGACCGCAACUCAAACUGCUUCCUCUCAAUGACCAGAUCCGAGAAUUGCAGACAAUUAUUAGAGACAAGUCUACCAGCAGAGGGGAUUUUGUGUUUUGCGCUGACCGACUGAUCAGACUGGUCGUGGAAGAGGGCUUGAAUCAGCUGCCCUACUCCGAGUGCACUGUGACCACACCCACAGGGUACAAGUACGAAGGAGUUAAGUUUGAGAGGGGCAACUGCGGCGUCAGCAUCAUGAGGAGCGGGGAGGCCAUGGAGCAGGGUCUGCGGGACUGCUGCCGCUCUAUACGCAUCGGCAAAAUCCUCAUCCAAAGCGACGAGGAGACCCAGAAAGCCAAGGUCUACUACGCCAAGUUCCCUCCAGAUAUUUACAGAAGAAAAGUGCUGCUCAUGUAUCCCAUUCUCAGUACAGGGAACACCGUGAUUGAAGCGGUGAGGGUGCUGAUUGAGCAUGGAGUACAGCCCAGACAUAUUAUCCUCCUCAGCCUCUUCUCCACACCUCACGGGGCCAAAUCGAUAAUCAAGGAGUUCCCAGACAUCACCAUAUUGGCAACAGAGGUUCACCCAGUGGCUCCAACACAUUUUGGACAGAGGUAUUUUGGGACCGACUGAAGGCAGGACAACCUGAGGAACAUGAUCUUGAACACGAAUUGUUGUUUUGACUAUAUUUUUGUCUGCUUUAAUUUAAAAAAAAUUCUCAUGUUCUUGUUGUGCCAAAUACUCUCUCCAAAAAAAAGGAAACUAUUUAUUCUGUUGAUUUGUAUUUUUCUUCUGCUGUGAAUGGAAUCAAACGAUAUUGAGCCAUAUCAGGAUCAUUUUUAUUUUAGCGCGUUACAAGUGAGGAUUUAUAUCUGUUACCAGACAGAACACCAAAUGGAAAGUAUUGACUGACGCAGGGAAACGCCACAAUCACAUACAUACAGUAUGCCAAAGACCCUUUUCACCUGGACCACGUGUGGUGUUAGACACCCAGUUUUCUCAUACAUACAUACAUACAUACAUACAUACAUACAUACAUACAUACAUACAUACACGCAUGAGCAGAAUCUACAGAUACCGCCUGCAGCAGUUAAGUCUGUACAGCUGUACAUUUUAGCAAUAAAUAAACAACAUAAAAGAGUCAUCAUGUUUCUACAUGCAGUCAAUCCUCACCUUAGACGCGGACAACAUAGAUCAUUAGAAAUGACAGGAGUGUGUGUGUGUGUGUGUGUGUGUGUGUGUGUGUGUGUGUGUGUGAUACGGUCCAGCAAGGUAGAAAAACACAAUGAGGUCAAAAGUGUCAAAACCAGCCUGCAUACAGGCUCAUUGUCAACAAAUGGAUACAAAACAUGGAUACAAAACAUCGUCACAUUUUCACUCCGUGCUCUCUUUUGGAAAACAUGUGAAACAACCGUUUCACUUGUCAUGGAUGCACAUAAAAAUAUCACCACGAUGCUCAUUCUGACCUUUUCUUUUCAAUGUUAAAAAUCACUAGAUGACCACACACGAUCUACAUUAAUUAUACAGUGCUAUGAAAAAGUUUGGGCAUCGUUGGUCAUUUAAGAUUUCCCUUUAUAAAUCACUGGUUGUUUGGGUCAGCAAUUUCAGUUCAAUAUAUCAUAUAGCAGACAAACACACCGAUGGAUGAGAUGUGAAAUUAGCUUUAUAGGAUAUACAGAAAGUGUGCAAUAAUUAUUUAAACAAAAGUAGGCAGGUGUAUAAAUUUGGGCACCCUUGUUUUAUUGAUUUGAAUACCUUCAAACACUAAUUACCCCACCCUUGACCUGCAUACACCUGUGAAGCCAAUCAUGAAUCAAUUGCAAGUCUCCGAAGAGUAGCAGCAUGGUAGCCUCAGAACAAUGAAAACACAAUGACCUGAAAGCAAAGAUUGUUCAACAUCAUGGUCUAGGGGAAGGAUACAAAACGCUAGACCAGAGAUUUCAGCUGUCAGGUUCCACUCUGAGGAACAUAGUAAGGAAAUGGAAGACCACAGGCACAGUCCUAGUUAAGGCCCGGAGUGGUAGGACAAGAAAAAUCUCAUAAGUAGGGUGAAGAAUGGUGAGGACGGUUGGGGUGCCCAAAUGUGUAUAAAAAAGAUAGUCUGCCCCCCCGUUAAUCAAUGCAGCCCGCGAGUCAAAAUGUUUGCCCACCCCUGAUUUAGAGGCUGUUAUUUCUGCAAAAGGAGGAUCUACUAAAAUUGAUGUCAUUUUUUGAUUGGGGGUGCCCAAAUUUGUAUAAAAUAUAUAGUCUUGCCCCCCCCCCGUUAAUCAAUGCAGCCCGUGAGUAAAAAUGUUUGCCCACCCCUGAUUUAGAGGCAGUUAUUUGUGCAAAAGGAGGAUCUACUAAAAUUUAUGUCAAGUUUUUGGUUGGGGUGCCCACAUUUAUAUAAAAUAUAUAGUCUGCCCCCCCCCCGUUAAUCAAUGCAGCCCGCGAGUCAAAAUGUUUGCCCAACCCUGAUUUAGAGGCUGUUAUUUCUGCAAAAGGAGGAUCUACUAAAAUUGAUGUAAUUUUUUGGUUGGGGUGCCCAAAUUUGUAUAAAAUAUAUAGCCAACCCCCCCCCGUUAAUCAAUGCAGAUCGCGAGUCAAAAUGUUUGCCCACCCCUGAUUUAAAGGCUGUUAUUUCUGCAAAAGGAGGAUCUACUAAAAUUGAUGUCAUUUUUUUGGUUGGGGUGCCCAAAUUUAUGCACCUGCCUACUUUCAAGUAAUUAUUGCACACUUUCGGUAUUUCCUCUGAAUUUCAUUGUUUGUCUGCUGUGUGAUAUAUUGAACUGAAAUUGCUGAUCCAAACAACCAAUGAUUUAUAAAAGAAAAUCUUAAAUGAUCAAGGGUGCUUGUAUAUGUCCAGGGGCGUUUAUUUACCUGACCAUAGAGUAUAGCAGACUUUUCUUAAAAGUAGGAAUAUAUUCAUAAAAGCGGAGCAGGUUCACAAAUUGUUGUGUGUAACAAUGGGAAUGGAACGUACACCUGCCUCAUACCAGCAAACGUUUCUAUGGUGUUGUGCUUGACUCUUGGUGGCUAUCAAUAAUCAAUAAUGCAGUACCAGUGGAAGCUCCUCUUUGUCACUUUUAGGAUUGAGUGGCAAUGAUGUAAACUCUGGUGUAAGUUCAAGUUUAAAGUUUGCACUUGCUGCACAACUUCUAAGACCAUGCUGAUAUGUGUUUGUUUUUGCUGUGUUUUAUUCAUUACAGUCAGAUUUGUUUCUCCAGGGUCCAUUUGUCUAAAAUAAAUAAAUAAAUAAAGCCCCAUUUUUGUACAAAUCAA